GAUAGUGUCCUAGCCUCUUAGGAGAGAGAUCAAGGGAGGAGGUUAUAGUAAAGAAAUGGGGGUGGGCAGGAACUAGGAAACUAGGCCACAAGUACUUUUUUCCCUUUCCUCAUGCCUCAACUUUUCCAUCUGUGAAAUGGGAGGCUGAAGUGAAAGGAUAGAUGACUAAAUGGCACAAAUAGAAGCCCAACUUUCCAUCUAGAUCUAUUUCUUUUCUUGGGACUCUUGCCUGUGGUAGACUAAUUUAUAAAGUGAAUCUUUUCUGUGUGGGUAAGACAUAGGGACAUCUUCAUCUUUGGGAAAAGCCCUCUUCCUUUUCAUCAUCUGCCCAUAUUCUCCUCCCAGAAACUUAGCUCUGGAAUCAAAAUUCGAAGGAAAUUUUACAUCCUGUCCUCCUGGGAAUGGUUACAGAGAGCUCUGCAGAAGAAUGCUAGGGCUAGGGUGGAUCAUGGCAGUGAUAACAACAGUCUUGGCCUUGGUUCUGGCCCUCCUCUCAGGGUUAACAGCGUCUCAGGGGCACAAAGAUUUCUGGAAAUACUUCAUCCAGAGUGGUCAGGAGAAGGGCCAGAUACAACAGAUGGAACAGCAGAAGCUCAGCAAGGAGUUUCCAUCAUCAGCAUCGAUGACAGUGAGAAGAAAGAAAAAGGGCAAUCUCAAAGGGUUUUGGAACCUGAAAGCCAACAUUGAACAAGACCUCAGUAAUAUGGACAGUUUCUUGGAGAAGCUAGGGCCCUUGGCAGGUCAGAGAGACCCUCUGCCUUUUUUGGAUUCAAAAGAGCUGCAGGACCAACUACACAAGGAGCUGGAAGAGGUGAGGACCAGGCUGGCCCCUUACACCCAGGAGGUCCAUCAGCAUGUGGGUUGGAAUCUAGAGGAGUUGAGAAGACAGCUCAAACCCUAUACAGUGGAGCUGAUGGAACGAUUAGCUGUAGGUGUCCAGCAGCUGCAAGAACAGUUGAGGAUGGUUGGAGAGGAUACCAAGAACCAAUUGCUAGGGGGUAUGAAUGAGGCCCGGGGUCUGCUUCAGGAAUUUCAGGACCAAGUGGCUCAUCAUACAGGGAGGGUAAAAGAACUGUUCCACCCCUAUGCUGAGAAGCUGGUAACAGGAAUUGGACAGCACGUUCAGGAACUGCACCGCAAUGUAGCCCCACAUGCUGCCACUAGCCCAGUUCGCCUCAGCCGUUAUAUCCAAGAUCUGUCAAAUAAACUGACCCUUAAAGCCCAGGCCCUGCACACCCAUAUCCAGCAUAAUCUGGACCAGCUACAAGAUGAACUCAGUGCUUAUGCUGGGGCCAGGGAGGACAAGGAUAUGGUAGGAACAGGGGAAAAUUCUGGGCUUGACUCAGAGGUGCUGACAAAGGAGAUACAACUGAGGCUGGAGGCCUUUCGUCUGGAUACCUUCCAGGAGAUUGCUGAUUUCACUAGAGCCAUUGACCUUGAAACAGAGGAGUUGCAGCAGCAGCUGGCUCCACCUCCCAAUGCCUUCUCUCCAGAGCUGCUUGGGGGUAAUGGGGACAGGAAGGUCCUGAGAGACCUAAGAUCUCGACUUGAUGCUCUUUGGGAAGACAUUCAUUAUAAUCUCCAAGAUCAGGGGCCUGGACUGUCUGUUGCUCCCUGAAAACCUUUCUCAGGUCCCAAGACCAAAGGUGGCUGACUAAACAAGACUCAUAUAUAUCCCAAAGUGUGAGACUGUGGCCUCAGCCUAGCAGGUUGCCCUCAGUCAUGAGACCAACAUCCUUUCAUUGGUUUUCUUGUCCAGAUAUAUUUUAAUUGCCAGGCUUUGCAAAUCCAUGUUUCCCAUCUUCCCACUUAUGAAUCAAGAAUGAUGUUUCAGUCAAGGAAGCAGAGUCACAAAGGCCACUUUGAAAUUUUCUGCCUAGCUGCAAGCCAACUUGCUAAGCCUCUGGUUGAUGAACUGCUUAAGUGGGAUCAUCUUGGAUCAGGGUGCUUGCUUCUAGCCAGCCAGCUUCUAGCCACUACCAGUCCAUGGGGCUGAUUUAAUGUCUCUUUUUUUUUAAUCCUUACUUUCCAUCUUAGAAUCAAUAUUGUGUAUUGGUUCCAAGGCAGAAGAACAGUAAGGGCUAAAUAGUGGGGGUUAAAUGAUUUUCCCAGGAAAUGUCUGAGAUCAGGUUCGAACCCAGGACCUUCCAUCUCUAGGUCUGGUUCCCAAUCCACUGAGUCAUGUAACUGCCCCCUAACUUGAUGUCUUUAAUGAAAAUUGAUGUUAUAGGGAGAAGAGUAUGGGUAUGUGUGUGUCUGUGUCCUGCUGGGCUAGAAGCUGAUCAGCAGGGUUCUUGUUUCUGAACAUAAAAGUGGGGUGUGUGUGUGUGUGUGUGUGUGUGUCCCUUGCUGGGCUAGAAGCUGAUCAGCAGGGUUCUUGUUCUGUACAUAAAAAGUGCCCUGGAUAUUUCAAAGACAUCUGAAGCUGGACUUCUGUUCUGUCACUGAGCCUGUAUACCCUAUUCAGGUUCCAAAGCAAGGAAAUAUAUUCUUAUGAUGUAAGCUUGUUUUUUUUUAUGCUGUGAGUUUUGUUAAUAUAUAAAUACAUUGAAAUUA